AUGCCGCAGGGCAGUGCUGCUGCCCCAGGAUGGUUUUGCAAGGUCGUCAACGAAGUCACCAAAAAUCUUCGAGGUGUUGCGUCAUAUUUGGACGACCUCAUCGUUUUUGAUGCGACCCCAGUCGCUCAUGUAGCGACCAUUCGCUCCCUUUUCGAAAGGUUGCGUGCACACAAUUUGAAACUGACCCCUCCGAAAGCUACAAUUGGCGCCACAGAAGCCGAGUUUCUUGGGCACACUAUUUCUCCGGACGGUGUUCGACCAAAUGCUUCGAGCUUUGCUGGUGGUCUCAGCUAUUACCGGAAAUUCCUCCCACAGAUGGCUAAGCGUGUUCGCCCCCUUACGACUCUUCUGAAGAAGAAUGUGAAGUUUGAGUUUACGGAUUCAAUGGAAUCCGCCGUCAGACAACUUCUCGCAGAACUCGCGAGCCCCCCUGUUCUGGUGUAUCCGGAUUGGGAUGCUGUAUCCGACGGUUCGCGUCCUUUUCGCCUCUAUUGUGACGCGAGUAAAGAUGGGUUUGGCGGGACUUUGGAACAAGAGCAACCUGAUGGUUCUGUUCGCCCAAUUGUAUUCGUUAGUCGAACUACUUUAGAGUCUGAGCGCCAUUGGACUCCUCUGGAUCUUGAAGCUGGCAGUAUCGUUUGGUGCGUCAAGGGCCUUCGUGGUUAUUUAUGGGGCACCCAUUUCAAGAUCUUCACGGACCACAAAUCGCUUGAACACCUUGCGAAGGUGGGGGAAACCAACGCCCGCGUUCAACGUUGGCUGGAAUUCCUCACAGCGUACUCUUACACUCUUGAGUAUCGCAAGGGUUCGUCAAACGGCAACGCCGACUUCCUUUCUCGAUUGCCAAUAGAAGCGACCGAGCGUGACCGUUCUGGCCGCAGUCGUCUGACUCCGUCCGCCGAAGACGAAGCGGUGUACUUAAUCCGCUCUUGUGGUUUUGUGCCUUCGGGCCACCAAGUAGGUGUCGGCUUGGGUGGGCUCGCCCCGUCCGCCACGAGUUCAGUCUUGG